AUGCUUGAUUCCGACUGGAAGCUUACGAUGGAGUCCAUUAGCGACGAUCAUUCCGGAACCCUGCAAAAGACUAAUGACGAUCUUCAAAGAAGCAGAUCGCCGCUGGAAACUGUCGCCGAAGAAACUGAAGGAUAUCAGCCCAUUCUGGUCACACCUAAAACGGAAUGGAACUUGCGUCCGCUUGUCGUAGAGGACAGUAAUAGGGUGUUGCUAGCACCAUCGCUGGAGCUUACACUACGCUACUUUUUCACUCACUGCGGGAAGGACGUCACGGAGAUAAGCCGUUCCGAUCUGAUGAUAGUACUUAUCUACGUGGUUGCCCUCGAAACGGGGUUUACUCCGAAGGGAUCUCCAAUGCCGGCAGUUUAUCGGUCAGAGAAACACCACUGCUAUCGAUCAUUCGAUCAACGGCUUGUAAAACAUUUCGCUACUCAGCUACCGAUGGACUGGUUGCGGCGCCGGGCUGGCCCUUACCAGCUAGAGAUGGAGCUAGUCCAUGAAGCAUCUACGCGCGAAAAUCUCAGUUGCUCGCUUGUGGCCUUUUGCAGUGGGGACAUGUUGAUUGCCAAUCUGUUGCCAAGUGUCGGCAAAGCGACUGGAGCUAGCUUUUCCACCGUUAUACCCAUCAGCUUUCACGUACCAUCGGUGAAUUCUACUCGAUUACCAAUCUCUUACCAAUAUCUUCAGGGUCUUUCGUUAAAGUUAAAAAAUGAACUGUUUGUGCCAUUUCGCAAUUUGAUAUUUUUAAAAUUUGUACCCAUUGUAAAUCCUUCUCUUCUGGGUUUGCCACAGGAGCUGGUAAACAAAAUUAAAUCCUACCUUGAUCAUCGCUCGAAGCAACACCUGCUAGAGGUAUUCAAAAUAUUUGGUUCCGUGUAUGAGAGUGAGCGUAGAUAGUUUUAUGUACAUGUCAAGUUUUGUAAAUAUUCAAA